AUGGAAGUGACCUCCAACGGCGUGACGCGAGGUCGUCAGCCCUCGUUUACCUAUGCGUUUCGCAUUCGUACCACGUCGCUGCUUCGCCGAGCUUGUCGAACAUCGGCCUCGGCCACGAUGAAGAACCCGUCCCGCCCAUCUGAUCUGCCCGUCCGUCCGUCAGUCGGUGGCGGUCGGUCGGCCAGGCCAGCCGGCAAGUCAGUCAAACAGCUGAAGUUGAAGGCCAGGCCACAACUGAAAGAAAGCGACCGAAAGCAAAUCAUUCUUGAGCAGCAACGCUUGAAGAUUUAUGAUCCGCGUGCGUGCCUGGCUGUGUUGAAAAAAAUUGCCCUGUCAGAAAUCGUUCCGCCUCUCCGUCACUCUCUACCAUGGCCGACUGAGGCCAACGACGCGUCGUCGUAUUUUGCCUCGCCGUGCGGCUCAUCAUCUCACGGUGUAAUUUACGCCGGCAAAACCAGGCGUUUCACCACGACGAGCCUGCUCGCCGAGGCCGUCGAUCAAAAUCGGCGCCUCGGGCAAACCGAGGAACUUUUCCCUCCGGCCGGAGAAAGCAAACUCAACCAACGCGCAAAUGACCUCGGUAGUGAUGGCGAGGUCGAUCGCCUGCGAAUCAUCAUCCAUCAGCAAGCGAUGCCGGACCGAAUGCUGACGUCGGUGCAGUGUCUGUGCGUGUGA